AUGGAGAUCCCUGUUUUUGAUGAUCCUACUAAUGAAGCCAAAUAUUGGCGACAAAAAGCUGAAGAGUACCGUAGUGGUAUGGAAGAAGCGAGAGAGGAGCUGGAAGACUUCCAAAUUAGUUCAAGAGAAUUAGAACUAGAGCUUGAAACACAGUUGGAACAAUUAGAAAAGCGUAAUUCAGAGUUAGUUGUAAUGUGCGAAAAACUAACUGUUGAAAAAGAUACCUACCGUCAUAAAGCGGAAAAUAAUCAGGAAUAUGUUAACCAUGAAAUAACUAGACUUCAAGAUGAAUUAGAGAAGUCGAAAUUAGACCGAGAGAAAAUGCACAGAUAUAUCCGGGAACUGGAGCAGUUAAACGAUGAUUUAGAACGUUCGAAAAGGGCAACAGUCGUUACAUUGGAAGAUUUUGAGUCCCGCUUAAACCAGGCUAUUGAGAGAAAUGCAUUUUUGGAGAACGAAUUAGACGAAAAAGAGGAUCUAAUGAUAACCGUGCAACGACUUAAAGACGAAGCCAGAGAUCUCCAUCAAGAAUUGGCCAUUACUCGCCGUCAACCAGAAUUAAGCUCUUCAGAAGUCUGUAAUGGAGGUUAUACCAUUCCUACUAAAAGUGUUAAUAAAAUCGAUACAAUAGAUUCAAUGGUACAAACAGAAAACAGUUGUUUUUUCAAUUCAAUACUUACUCCGUCUGUCAGAUUAUCUGCUUUAAAUAUGGUCAAUAGUGCCCUUCAGAGAAUAGGACAAUUAGAAAUGAAAUUAUCAAUGUUAUAUCAAACAUAUGGUCAUCCUCCACUUUCUGCACCUGUCUACAGUAGUAAUUGUAGUAGUAUUAAUAAUGUUGUACAAUCUCCAUCAUCUGGUUUAGAAUCAAAACGAUACAACUCAAAAUCAUCACAAAAAUUGUCUAAUCCAGGUUGGACAAAUGGUCCUCUUAAAUUAGAUCUUCAUCCAACUGUGGAAAAGUCAUCACGAGAAAAUGCUGUACAUCUUGUUCAUUGA